UCAAAAUCAAAUUAGACAUUCAAAAGAAAACAUUUAUUAUAGUAUAUUUUUUUCUCUUUAUGAGAAGAUGAAAUUUUUUCUAUGAUCCAUUUCAAUUAAUCAAAUUUCAUCAAUAUACACACUAUGUAAUCCAUCUUUAUAUAGAUGCACAUAUAGAUAGGUUGAUUAUAUCUAUAAUCCCUUGUUUUUACCUCUGAUUAAAAAUGUCAACCGGUUCGUCCAACGACCCAAGCCCCAACAACACUGAAACCGCUAUAGUUUAUCAUCCCUCAUCUUCAUACAACGAGGCUUCAAAUGGCCAAUCUCACACUAGCUUCAACUACCAGAAGUCUUAUCCUCCCGCUGAGGCUGAAUUUGAUGAAAUCGCUCAAAACCCAGAAAUUUUCCUGGAAAAACUCAAGGGUUUUCAUGGAUCUUUCGGUACCAAGUUUAAGGUUCCUACUAUGGGAGGAAAGGCUCUAGAUCUGCAUCGCCUGUUUCUAGAAGUCACAUCUCGAGGUGGCAUUGAAAAGGUUAUCAACGAUCGCAAAUGGAAGGAAGUGAUUUCGAUUUUCAAUUUCCCACCAACAAUAACUAGUGCAUCUUUUGUCUUGCGGAAGUACUAUCUAUCGUUGCUUUAUCACUUCGAGCAGGUUUAUUACUUUCGGAAAGAAGUCCUUUCCAUUUCACCGGAUGAUCCUGCAAGCAGGAUCCCUGUCAAUGGAUCAGCAGCCCCACAUGUUUUUGAGGAUGGUGCCACUACAAAUCAAUUGGCGGGUCACGUGAACUUUGUCUUGGAGCCCGGUAGUACGGUCACUGGAACCAUUGAUUCAAAAUUUGACGUUGGGUAUUUGAUUACUGUCAAUUUGGGCUCUGAGAAGCUGAAAGGUGUCCUGUAUCAAACUCCUACCCCGUUACAUGCAUCUCAGAAUUUUAAUACUUCAGCUGCACCUCCACACCGGAACAACCACAAGAGAUACCAGCUGGCAUUAAGAGAUCCCUCUCGGCCCCAACCAAGUAGGAGUGGAUACAAUUUUUUCUUUGCUGAACAUUACAACAGGCUAAACUCUUUACACCAGGGGCAAGAAAAAGCCAUCAGCAAGAAUAUUGAAGUUUUAUGGAGCAGACUCACAGAUGCUGAAAAACAGGUUUAUGAGGACAAAGGGUUAAGAGACGAGGAGAGAUACAGGAGCGAACUGUCGUAGUACAGGUUUUCCAACAAUUCCAAAGAUCAAUAGUUUCUGAGCUUUAGGUUAUUUUAGCCAAACUUGUCUAUAGACAUCAUCAUCAUCUUUCUUUCUUCUUCCUUGAUUGUUCUUGUUGCUAUGUUGUAUUUUGUGUUGUUUUGUUGCCUUUAAGCCCUUGAAAUAAAUAACCAGACAAACUAGCCCUUUCGCUAGAGUACUAUUAGGUACUGGUGCAUUUCAAUAGAAGAUACACAAUGGAAGUGUAGGCCUGUGUCUCUCUUCUUGUGUCUGUAGCAAAGGUCGGGGCAAAUUCAUGUAAAAUAUCUGGUGAAUUUCAUAUUUUAUGAAUGGGAUUGCUGAAUGGUGACAUAUUUGCUACUA